UCAUUGAAAUCAUUUCCAAACCAACCAAACAAACGAAAAAAUGGUUUUUCAAAAUUUCGAAACAAUUUUGAUGAUGAUGAUCAUCAUCACUAUUAAUUAUCGAUCGGUAAUUGGAACAAAUCUGAAUUAUGAAGAUUGUGGACUUCAUAAUGUUUAUUCGGUCAGCGUUGAUGGUUGUGAUGACCAACGAUCAACAAAUGAUGAAUGUGUUAUACUAAAUAAAAAUUCCAUAUCAUAUUCGAUAACAUUUUCCGCAACUAUUAGUGCACGUAUGUUAUACAAUAAUGAAACAUUUCAACAAUCCAAACAAACUGAUAUUAUAAAUAAUAUUGGUGAUUUAUGUAAAAAUCCAAGUAAAUAUCAAUUAGAUUCAUGUCCAAUUGAAGCUAAUCAUAUAUUAAGAAUACAAAAAACAAUUACUUAUAUGAAUCGAUUUUCGCUAAAUUAUCCGCUAAUAUUGGAGGAUAAAUAUUAUUCAAGUAAUGAUCCAAAUCGAUUAAUGGCUUGUUCAAGAAUUCGUCUACAAUAUUAUGAUUCUCGUUAUACAACAACAACAACAUAUCGUCCAACUACAGAUAGACAUCAUGAUGAUGAUGAUGAUAAAUAUCGUGAAUGGUUAGAAAUAUUAACACGUGUAUUACGACAAAGUGAAGAAUUGGCAAAUAAAACUGAAACAAAAUUACGACAACAUUAUCCUAAUCAUCAAAAUUUGACCAAUGAUAAUCCUAUUAUACAAACACUUGAAACACAAUUGAUACAAUUACGUAUUGAUAUAACUGGUAUUUGGUUAGAAAUACGUAAUCGAAUACUAAGAGCAGAUGAAAAUAUGCGUGAAUUUCGUUUGUUUGUUGAACGAUCAUCACAAACACUUUGGAAAUAUGGUGAACAACUUCGUUUAACCGUUGAUAUAUUGGAUGAAUUUGGUUGGAAUUAUCAUAAUGAUACAAAUAAAUGGAUAACAAAACAAAUUUCACCAUUAUUAGAACAAUUAUUACAACGGUUACGUUCAAUGUAUGGUUAUUUGGAACAACAUCAUUCCGAAGGUGAUGAACAAACAAGAAUUGAAGAAUUUAUUGAAAUUAUUAAUCAAUAUUCAGAUUAUAUUAAUGAACAUCGUUCAGAAAGAUUUGAUCAAAAUUAUUUAGAUCGAAUGUUAAUCUAUGUACGUUAUGUUGAAGAUCGUUUAUUUGAAAUGGAAAGUAAAUAUUAUGGUGAUGAUUAUUAUCAUUAUGAUGAUGAUGAUCAUCAUUCUACACGAAGAAGUACAAUGACACCACCAAUAACAAUAUCAACAAGAAGAAUGAUUUAAUUAUAAAGAUUGAUUAAACAUU